CAAGUAUCGGUAUUCGGUACCUAAAAUAGAUAUCGAAAUUCUAGAAAAUUGGAUACUCCAAAAAUGGGUCGGAUCACUAUUUUGUGACGCUGUUGCUUCUUCUGACGAAGGCGUUGAUGCAUCUUCUCUAUAACUUAAAGGUGGCAGUUGGAGAUUAUAAGAAGCAGCAUUCUAUGAUGCUGAGCUUCUGUUAUCUGUUUCUUCUACUAAAUCUCAUCAUGUAUCAGUUAUCGAUUGCGCCUGUUGCGAGCGCUAUUGCGUUUAGCGAUGCGAAGCGGACUACCGGCGCUAAGUGGCUCUAGCGACUGAAAAGCGGGAAAAAUAGCGACUAGGCACGUAUUCCGGCGGCGAAUUCCGGCGCCGGUGCUGCAAUUCUGCCCGAAACGAGGAAGAUGGAAAUCGAAGGCUCAAAUUGAUAGGAAAGAAAGAAGAGAUACCUUGUUUUGAUGGCGUUCAUAGUAGUUUUUCUAGUGCUUUUCUGUAAUUUCAUGGUCGUCGUCUACAGAAUUGGAGUUCUGAGAUUUGGAGUUCUGACGCCGGAGGUAUGUCUGCAAAGCACGAUCAAAAUGCAAGCAAAAGGAAGAGAUCCGAUACUGUUAAAGAAGAUGAUGAUUCACCAUCCUGGUCGAUCCCAGAUAUUCUUUUAUUAAUCAUGAUGCGGCUGGGAAUUGUCGACUUUCUUGCAUUCAGCGGUGUGUGCAAGUUGUGGCGGACAAUCGCACUCACAAACAGGAAAGAGUUCCUGUUGUCUAGACAACGGAUGGCCAUACGCAUCUCCACUCGAGUGGCUAAUAGAAAAGAGUGCUGGUUAGAGGACUGUGACGGAAGAGUGUUCCGGACCAUCCUUCCCCGUUCUAGCGGCAGGACCUGUGUCGGGUUAGUUUCUGGUUACGUGAUCUUGUUCGGGAGGAAAACCCGUGAUUUCCGGCUUGUAAAUCCUAUCACAAGGCAUGAAGUUAAUUUCCCUCGUUUCCCCUUUCACGUGGUUGUUGGUCCAAACGCCUUUCAGGGUACCCUCGUCUUUUCACGAACAGCAGAUAGGUGGGUGUUUGUGAUCUCAUCCCGACACUCGAGGACAGUAUCGUUCUCGUUUAAUGGUAAACGAGGCAGCUGGACUCAUCUGUCAUCCGAUGUCCCAAUCAGUGAUUUAGCAUUUUUUAAAGGAAAGAUAUAUACCCUGAACAAAGACAUUGGUUUAUGUGAAGUGAGACUCGGUCCUAACCCCACCUUGACACCGCUAAAAAUGAAGAAUUCUUUGACGUCACAUGUCUUGCUUCCAGAGUUUGGAAUUUUCGGUGAAAAGCUGUUUGUGACAGGUUACCGGCCAUACGAUCCGUUCCCUGUUGAAGUCGACGUUGACGAAGUGAGAUGGGUGAUUAAAAAACCAGAAUUCUGCGAGGAUCCUGACAUGCUAUACCGGUGGGUUAGUUACGUUAAUCGCAGUGGUGAAGGUAGAAAAACGCGUGUGAUAAACAUGCCAUACUUCCCUCAUGAAUGUUGGGAUGCUAAUAUCCUACAUGAGUGAUUGUUUUUCUUUGUUGUUAGUCAGAAUUUGAAUUGUUAAAUACCUUUUUUAAGAUCUUUGAGAACCACCAUAGAUGUAUUUGUAUCUUUGUUUUUGGUGGGCAGUACUGUUGUGUUUCCUCUUUUA